AUGCCUCGAAGAAAUUGUCUUCGUCGGCUACGUUUAUAUCUUAUUCUUUUAGUAAUUUUUGUUGUAUUUACGUGGUUCAUACCUUCGAUAUCAUUGAAGUUCGACGGGAGAAACGAAGAUGUUAUUGGAUACGACAAGAAUUAUUUGGACAACCGUAUUUAUCCGCCACCAUGGUGUAUGUUUAAUUGGACCGUAGGUGACUACUUUGUUCGGAAAGACGCGUUGAAGAAACUGGAAGAUCAAGAUGCAAUAGAUAAAAAACAGAAAAUAGUGUUAGACAAUGGAUUUUCAAAUUGGAAGAAACAUAAUCAAUCGGACUAUCUUAUUCUUGAGUAUACGACAGUGUUUAAUCAACCAAAAUUUUGUGGAAAAACACCGACUUUCAUUUUUGGGAAACAUUGCCCAUAUCAAAAUUGCAGGUACACAUGUGAUCGAAAUUGGUCAAAAAGUGCAGAUGUUCUGCUAAUGCAUCAUCAUGAUAUUCACUUUGAUCAAUUGUCAAUCGAACGUAAUCCGGAUCAAAUCUGGUUAUUUUGGCAUGAUGAGCCUGGUGGCGUUAUAAAACAUGCGAUAGACUAUCAGUUCAAUUGGACUAUAUCAUAUCGUUUCAAUGCAGAAGCUAGUAUUGGUGCGUAUGGCAUAACUAUUUUUCGUGAUAAACCACUAACAACUAAACACUUCAAUUCAUAUAUUGAUGAAGAAUUUAAGAAACGACAAGCAUACGCCAUAUGGUUUGUUAGUAAUUGUCAGCCGAGAGCUCGCAUUGACUUUUACCUAAGAUUUCGUUCGUACUAUCCGUUCACUCGCGUGUAUGGCAAAUGUGCUUCACAAAAUACAACAAGUCAAUGUUCCCGAGAUUCUCAAUGUGAAAGUGAUGAAUUAACAAGAAACAAGUUUUAUUUAGCAUUUGAAUCUCAGUCUUGUCGAGAUUAUAUAACAGAAAAAUUUUGGCGUUCGCUUGCGUUUGGUAUUAUUCCGAUUGUAUUUGGACCACGUGAUAAGCAAUCGUUAGAAAGAAUAGCACCGCCCAAGUCUUUUGUUUUUGCCGAUGAUUUUCUUACAAUAUUGGAUCUGGCAGAACAUUUAACUGAAAUUGAUCGAAAUCGAACUUUAUUCGAAGAAUAUCAUCGAUGGCGUCGAUUAUACAAGAUUCUUUACCUGCCAGAAGAUAUUGAACAUUAUCGUUUUUGUGAACUUUGUUAUCGUCUGAAUACAAAUCAUCAAAGAGUUUACUAUCGAAAUUUGAAUGAAUUUUUUCUUGAAGACUGUUGA